GUGUGAGAGACCAGUAGCAUUCUGCUGGAGGUUGGUAUAAAUGUUUGUUUUGAAUAGAGAGAAGAAAGAAAGUAUCAUUUUCCAAUAAAAAAAAUGUCAGUUAGCAGAAAUACAAUAUGAGGUGCUGCUCUGCAUAGCUGACAACUAUGAAGUCAUGCACAUAAAUUUAAACUGAGUUUUGAAAAUUAAGUCCUCUGUCCUUUCUUUCUCUUUCACUCUGUGUUGCCACCACUACACUCCACAUCUCACAGUACACACUCUACUCAUCCAUAGACAAUAGUUCCUUGCCAUCCCCAUCCAUAUUACUAGUUAGUAAGUAAGUAACUCACUCCCUCUCCCUCUUUCUCUUUCUCUCUCUAGUGGGCCAAAACUUCCAUUUUUAUCAUUCUCUGCACUCUCCAAAAACCUUCUUCACAGAACAACAAGUACUCUUCAAAGGGGUGCCCCAGAUGCGGUCACAGUCUCUGUAACCCAUCAAAUGAGUUUGAGCUUCUCCAUCUCUUGUUGGGGGGUGAAUGGGGUGCAUGGUGUCUCAGCUAGCCGCGAAAUUCGCCUUCUUUCCGCCGUCUCCGCCAACGUACCAGCUCAAGAAGAGCGGCGAGGACGGCAAGCUCACGGUGGUCUCCGCGGCGGCUCCGAUUCCCCACGCCGAUGACACCUCCCUGGACGUUCUCCUCGUCGACACGAAGCAUGGGAACAAGAUUGUGGCGUUUUAUCUCAGAAACCCCUACGCGCGGCUCACUCUUCUCUAUUCUCAUGGCAAUGCCGCUGACUUGGGUCAACUCUAUGAUCUCUUCGUGCAACUCAAGGUCAAUCUUAGAGUUAAUCUCAUGGGAUAUGACUACUCUGGAUAUGGAGCAUCUACUGGCAAGCCUAGUGAAUCCAGCACAUAUGCUGACAUAGAGGCAAUAUAUGAAUGCCUUGAAACUGAGUAUGGAGUUAGCCAAGAAGAUGUAAUCUUGUAUGGGCAAUCAGUUGGAAGUGGACCAACACUGCACUUGGCUGCUAAAUUGCCAAGGUUGAGAGGUGUGGUUCUUCACAGUGGCAUUCUUUCUGGUCUUCGAGUGCUCUGCCAUGUGAAGUUCACAUUUUGCUUUGACAUUUAUAAGAACAUCAACAAAAUAAAGAAGGUCAAGUGCCCUGUACUUGUAAUACAUGGUACAGAAGAUGAUGUUGUCAAUUGGUUACAUGGUAAUGGACUUUGGAAGAUGGCAAGGGAGUCAUAUGACCCCUUGUGGAUCAAAGGAGGUGGUCACUGCAACUUAGAGCUUUACCCCGAUUACAUCCGCCAUCUUUGCAAAUUUAUCCAAGAAAUGGAGAGCAUGACAACUGAGAAGCGCCUCAAAAAGAUUCGGCAAAGUGCAAACCAAUCAAAGUCAAACACUGGUUGCACCUGUAGUAGAUGCUGUAGAGUGAAGUGUUGUAGAGUUAAAUGUCCUGAAUGCUCUAAUUGCUGUUGCUGCAUGAAUGUUUCCUGGUCUAUCAACUGUCCUGAAUGCUGUUGGAGACCUAGCUGCAAGUGUUGUUGCUUCCCCAAGUUCCGUAGUUGUUUCGGAUCAAUCUGCUGCACAAAAUGGUCGUGGCCUAGCUGUUGUGCAACAAAAUGUUCAUUGUCAUUGCCUAGCUGCUGCUGCUGCUACCCUAAGCGUGCAAGACCAAAUUGCUGCAUGAGUUGUUUCUGCUGGCAAUGUUGUGUAGGAAAACACAGUGAUGGCACAAAUGGAAAACAGAAUGGCUAAUGGUGGUUAAAACAUGCUUGUAUAGAAUGGUCAAGUCUUGCUAACACACCCUUCAAUAUUGUGCAGUGGUGUUACAAAGAGGAAGAGGAUGACAAUUGUAGGAAAGUGAUAUGAUCCAGUGUCCUCUAUUAUUUUUGGGUUUAUUUGGAGUUAUUACUUAAGUUCUAUUGGAAUUUUUUACUCAUAAAACAUUGGUGUUUUAAUUAAUUUUUCAGGCAGUGGAUGAAUGACAUCAUUGUAUCCUUCUCAUUCUGUAGCCUUUUAAAGUUUUGCAGUGUACUUGUCUUAGUGCAUGUUUGUUUCUCCAUUACAAAAUUGCUUUUGAGGCAAAAGUCAUUUUGCCAAGA